GCAGCAGCAGGCAGACUAUAGCUCACCUACAACACAAAGACUUUACAGGGGACACACACACACACACACACACACAGGCGGGGAGGCUUUGACUCUGGAAUAUCUCCUAUCGUAGCUGCUUGUGUAUGAAUGAACUGGCUUUACUCCUCCAUAACCUUGGAAAAUGGUGGGACUCUCAUCCACUGCUGUUGAGGCCAUGGAGGUGUUGGUGAGUGAGCUGGGAGCACUGCUAAAGAUGCUGGACCAGGAGAACCUCAGCUCCUCCACACAGGAGAAGAAGACCUCAGUGUGGAACCUCCUACAGCAGAUACAGCCAGCAGUGUCAGGAACAGACUACAUCUACAUGAACUCAGCAGUUUACAGGAAUGGAACCAGCUUUGUAGAGUCCCUGUUUGAGACAUUUGACUGCGAGCUUGGAGACCUAAAGGACGUCACAGAUGAUUUGAAAGAUGACAAGAACACCCAAACUGACACUUUAAAACAGCAGAGCUGUGCAGACUCCCCAGCCCUGCACUCGACUGACUCCCCUCCCCCUCUGCCUACAACGCCUCCUCCUGAGGAGUAUUAUGAGGAGGCAGUGCCCCUCAGUCCUGGCAAGAUGCCUGAGUACAUCAUCACUCGAGUCAGGCCCAGUCCUCCCAACUCUAUAGAAGAUGGGUAUGAGGAUGCUGAAAACAACUAUCCCACUACCUGCAUAAAUACACACCGUAAAAACUCCUACAAUGAUUCUGACGCUUUGAGCAGUUCCUACGAGUCUUAUGAGGAGGAUGAGGAAGAGAGGAGCCCUGGUGUCCAACUCACUCAUCAGUGGCCCUCGGACGAGAGCUCCAUGCCUCCUGCCAGAGACUGUCGCAUCUGUGCCUUCCUGCUGCGCAAGAAACGCUUCGGCCAGUGGGCCAAACAGCUCACAGUCAUACGGGAGAACAGACUGCAGUGCUAUAAGAGUUCAAAGGACACAUGCCCCUAUGUGGACCUGCUACUGCCCCAGUGCACUGUGGUCUAUGCACCAAAAGACAGCAAGAGGAAGCACCAUGAGCUCCGGUUCACUUUGCCCAACGGUGAUGCACUGGUGCUGGCAGUACAAAGCAAGGAACAGGCCCACAGAUGGCUCAGGGUUGUUAGAGAGGUGAGCGGUCAGAGCACAGGGCCCGAGGAAUCUGCGUCUCCCAUCAUUCCAAGAAAAAACGAACUUGACAAGAGGUUAUCUGCAGAGAAGAACACAUCAGAUUCAGACAGUGUGGGUGUGUCAACCGGAGAUAACUGCAGAGAGAACGGUAAGGUGAAACGGGGGGCUUUCGCUGCAGGACGUAAAAUCACACGUAUCAUCAGCUUCUCCAAGAAGAAGCCCCCUCGGCCAGGUGAUCCCCGGACACCUUUCAACGACCCUCGACAAGGCUACUUGUCAGUCCUGGUGAACCAGGUGUGGCGGGAACAGUGGUGUUGUGUGUGCAGAGGCUCCCUACACUUCUACCACGAUAAAGGAGACCCUCGGACCUCCCUGGCUUCCCUUCCUCUCCACAACUGUGAGGUGGUGCCAGGACUUGGACCUAAGCACCCAUUUGCAUUCAGAAUCCUACGCAACAGCACAGAGGUUGCCGCUCUGGAGGCUGGCAGCUCUGAGGAGCUUGGGAGGUGGCUUGGUGUCCUCUUGGCAGAAACAGGCUCUGCGACAGACCCAGAGUCACUGCAUUACGACUAUGUAGACGUGGAAAUCAUUGCUAAUAUCCGCGACGCUGCACGGCAUUCCUUCCUAUGGGCCACUUCCUCCAGCAGUACCUCCACAGACUCCAGAACAUAUGAUGAGGUCCCUAAUGAGGACAUGCAGGGGAGAACCUGCAGGCAGCAGUCUGGGAAUCAAGGGAAACGGCGCUCAAGUUUCUCAAGCAGCGACUCCGACAGAACCAAACCAUUAGUCUCCCUCAAGCGAACAGGCUCAAAUGCCAACCAGUAUGGAAGGUAUGGGAAAACGCGGGCAGAGGAGGAUGCCAAGCGUUACCUGAAAGAAAAAGAGGAGCUGGAGAGGGAGAGGGAUGGGAUAAGAAAUGCACUAGUGACCCUCCGACAGGAGAAGAGAGAGCUGAAGGAAGAGCUGAAGACGGCCUCUGAAAAAAGGAAGCUGUCUCUGAGCAAGCGUGUGACCCAUCUGGAGGAAGCCUGUCGAGCUAAGGAGGCAGAGAGGGUGGACCUGGAGCUCAGACUGACUCAGGUCAAGGAAAACCUCAAAAAGAGCCAGGCAGGCGGGGCGCUGGGUGCACCAGUUGAGGCUAAACCACCUGCUAAGGCCUCCAGCAGAAAGAGCCAGAACAUCUACAGUGAGUCUUUACCAGUGAACUGUGCCUCAGAAAUGCGUAGGAGACCUCCAUCUGUUUAUGCUUCUUCUACAGGAACUGUCAUGCAGAAAGCAAAGGAAUGGGAGUCAAAGAAAGGAACCUAAGGGUAGCAUCAUGACAAGGAGUGAUAAUGAGGAUAAUCAGGAUGUGACUUUUAUCCCACCUUUAUCCCACAAAGGAAAAUCUCCCAUCUACACCCCAAAGCACAGGCAUCUUUCAUUUUGGAUGUCGGAGGAAAUAAACUGUAAUGAAAGAUAUUGGCCACUAGGUGGAGGUACAUCUCACUGAAUAUUUCCUUGUCUGUCCUCUUCAAAAGGACUACAAAAAUGUGUGGAAUUUAGGGAACUUUCUGACUCAUCUGCAUCCAAGUAUUUUCAUUGUCUGUGGUGACAUAGCUUUGCAUGUGGCGAACAGAAUAGAGAGAAAUCAGGGCGGAUGAAAGAAAGACAUAAGAAAAGUGUAUUGAAAAGCACAGUGAGAGUGUGUGUGUGUGUGUGUGUGUGUGUGUGUGUGUGUGUGUGUGUGUGUGCGUGUGCGGUGGUGUGCGUGUGAAAGCAGUGUUGUAAUGGGAAAGCAAAUACGGGACUGUGUUAGCACCAGAGGUGAAAUGUUAAAGAUAACCUAAGAAAUGUGAUGUGUUUGAAAAAUAAGAGAGUGGAAACCAUGAUGUGCCUAUUAUGACAUAAUGUUUUUUUGUUCUGCCUGUACAUAGUGAGCCAUGACUACUGUUUUAUACACUUUCUACUUUUAUACUGUACAAGAUUUCAUUUCUCAUCAUCAUGAUCAUCAUAAGACAUUCCUGGUAUGGGUAUUCAGCUGAGUGCCAUGGACUGAUAGGUUGAGUGUGUUAUUGUUGUUUGACUAUACUCACUAGCUUAAGUGCUACUCAGUAAUCAUCUGCUGAAUUAUUUCGUCGGAAAAAAACCCUACUCCUACUUGACUUUCUGGCACACUGUUGGAUACUCCUGCCAUAGAAAAGAGUGACUAACAAAAGUGGUGCUAUUAAGUGAUACGAACCAUCUUUUCUGAGUGAGAAAAUCUCCACUAAGUGUCAUUUUAACACCUUCUCUGCUGAACCUGUGGUUGGCUUUUGCACUUUACUGUUGUCCUGCCUGGAUAAGGGAAAAAAAAAUUGUAUUUUGUUUCCCAAACAUUUGCUCUUCAGUCAUUUGUUACAGCACAGAUACUGAAUUUCUUCCUCAUUAAAAUGCGCCAACACAUUCUCA